AUGGUGGCCCGCGGGGCUAGGACGGAGAGGGGGCCCGGCCCCCGGGGCCGCCCUGCUCAGCGCCGCCCGCGGGCUCCGGCGCGCAUCGGGGGCUGGGCCGGGCUAGGGCCGCGCUGCCUCCCGCGCUGCGCAGCACUCCGCGUUCGCCUAUUGAUCUGCUCCGCGGCGGCGGCGGCGGCGGCGGCGGCGGCGGCGGCGAGGAGCCAGAGCAGGGUUUGCCAGACUCAGACCUGGAGCCGCGGCCCGACGUGCGCUCAGGGCUCACGGCCCGCCAGGUUUAGGGGCUGCGCAGAGCACUGCAUACAAGCCGCGAACUACCAGGGCCCCUUCCUGCCCCUCCUCGCCCAGUCCCACAGUGUGCGGCGUCCCCGUUGGGGGGCGCCUCUGCAGCCCCAGGUCUCCCCGCAGAGGCCCAUCUUGCGUCCAGCCUUCCCAGAACCGCAGUCCCCGGGCUGCCUUGCAGACCGGCGAUCCCUCCGUUUCCUGCAGACGCCGCGGCGCACGCUCCCUUCGCUCCCUCCCCCCGCGCUCGGGUUACAGCCGCACGGACGCCGGAGUGCGUGGCCUGGCGUCCUCCCCGGGAGGAAUUUGUAUCAGGCCAGGAAUCCGGACCCCGGGAAUCCCAGGAGGCGCGGGUCGGCGGCUUCCAGAGCCGCCCUGGAACGGGCUGCCGCUCCCCGUCCGAAGCCAGGGCCUUCGAGCCUGUCUCUGGGUUCCGAAAAGCGUCGGGGAAACUUGGGGAGGAACUUUGCCAACUUCGCUCUCCGCGAGGGAGAAAACAGCCUGAAUGGCCCCGGCAGUGGCGGGCCGCGGCGCGCGAGCGGGCCCCCAGCCAGGCCCCGGAACCCGCCGCGGGCCCGGGGAGCCGGAGGAGGUGCGCGGGGCUGGCCGGCGGGCUGCGUGCUCCCUGUGCCGCCCCGAACCAGGCCCGCGCCCUAGGGCUCCGAGCAGCCCGCGACGCGGCCUCAAUGGCCUGAAAAACCUGGCGCUCGGCGCGCGUGAUCUCCUUUUUCUGUACGUCUCCGGGAUCAUCCUUUCCUACCUGACUAGGGCAGUUCCACCCUCCCCCUCCUUUGUUUUUCUCCGCCCGUCUCUGUGUCUCCCACUUUCUAUCUGUCCGAUGUGUGGGUCAUUCGUCUUCUCUUUCCUUCACUCCCUCGUUCCUCGUUUUAUUUUUUUCCUCUGCAUCCCUUUUUAGUUACUUUUCUCAGUUUUGCUCCUUCCCUCUUCCCUUGUUUUAUGUCCCCCCUUUUCCUCUCUCUGGCUCUGUGCCAGUGUGCUUCUCCCUCACCCUCCUUUCUCGUUCUUUCUUUUCCUUCCACUCUUCCUUCCUCGAUUUCUUGGGCUGUCUUUCAGGGUCUCCUCUGCGUGUGUUUUCUCUCUUCUUUUCCUCUCCAGGACCUCUCCCCGCCCCCCCGUGGAUUUGUCUUCCCGGCGGCGCCCCCUCCUCAUCCAUCUCAGGAGAUGAAUAUGUCGCCUUAUUGGAUGCCGUGGCCAGAGCCGGGUGAAGGGGCUCGGCCAGCCUAGCGCAUUUAGUUCAUGCAUAUUGAGGAGAUGGUAAUGAGCGCGUUUGCAUUGUUGCAUGGAAAGACUGCAUUUCCUGCCGCAGUUCGGAGCAGGCGAGGGUGGUGCGGGCCCAGGGAAGCUGCGGUGGGCACCCAGCCUGGUGGCCGCAGCUGGCCCUCAACGGUACUUGGUUCCCCGGGGAGGAAGUGACCUCGCCAAAGGCCCGCUGCCUCCUUGGGCUUCUGCACAAAAGCCAGCCUCCCUACCCUCAUUAAAGCCUCGUUACGGGAACCCCCGCCUCGCUCUAGACGGUUCCUGCGCGCCCCCAACCCUUGGGCCUCUGAGUCUCAUUCCCUGCUGUUUUGAGGCCUGUGAUGGAGGGCCAUCAGGAAAUUAGUGCCUGACAACGUCGUCUAAUGGCAAUAAAUUGCGAUUCCGAGUGACACAUCGCAGGAUCAAACACAGCCUUAUUGUGUACUUGCUCCGCUCACUCCACCUUAAUCUUAAUCGUGGAGGACGCAUUGGCAUGGCCGGCCCCUCAGCUGCCAGGCGGGAGCCCACUUCUGUCUGAGCCCAGAUGGACAGGACUGACCUGGAGGACCCAGCCAUCUAGAGUGGCAUGUUGCUCCCUGAGAACAUCCUCAGCGCCAAGAGGCAGGACCCAGGCAUGGCUCUCAAAGAGGUGAAGGUUUAUGAAAGUCAGGAGCUCAGAGGGAACUGACCACAUACUGCUUGCUGGAAAACCAGGAGGGCGUGGAGACACCACUCUAGACACAGUGGAGUAAGGGACAUCAGACAUUUGUAUUACUCCCUCUAUUCUCUUUCAACUUCAUGCUAAGAAAGUUGAGAGUUCUUAGUUCAAAAGCAAAAAAUGUCAAGAUCUGGCCUUGUCUGGAAUUGUGUAGUGUCAAGUUUCCCAAACUUCAAGCUCUCUGCUACCACCUCAACUAUAAUUUACUUACCAUUUUUCCUUAAGUUGACUCAUUUUUAAUGCUUAAAUACAUGUUUUUUGGAAAGAAAAGUUGGUACUACUGUAAAUGGAAAAGUAGCUAUUACACACCAUAAAGCGAAAUUGUAAAAGAUAAAAACAACUAAAACCAAGCGGCGGUAAAACAUUUUAGCAUGCCACUUGCUUGGAAGUGACUUCUACCUCCUCUAUCCUGUGUGUUGUGUGUAGCUUAGCAAGUGUUGGAAGUGUUAAACACCAAAUCUUUCUUAGAAGAAAUGGGAGAAUUGAACAGGGAAUGCUUCUCACUAUUCAAUACUGUUAAUUUAUUCUGUCUCCACUCUACCUAAAAUCAUGUUGAGGACUCUAAAAGCUGAAGUGGUUUAGGCUUUACCAAGGUCAUUCUCUGCUGAAGAGUAUGUAAAGAAUUUAAGAUAAAUGUGUUGAAUGGUUAGUAUUUACCAAAUGUAAUUGUGUUAAACAUUUUCAAACAGUAUCACAUUUAAUUCUCCUAAUAGGUCUACAAGGAAGAGACUACCCAGGGUGGCCCUGUAUGGUUGUGUGGGAUGCUUACUGAACAAGAGCACCCAGCUAAGGGACUAAGAGGGUCUGAAGUCCAGUCCUUAUAUGCUCAUCAGGUUGGGUACCUUGUCUUGGGACUGUAGUAGAGGAAAAGUACUUUUUGUCUCAUUUGUGAAAAGUUAGGAUAUCACCCAGCCCUUACCUUAGAGAUGGGGAAACUGAGGCUCAGCUUGGUAAAGCCUAGUCUGGAAACCCAUCUGAUAUUUCUAACUAUGAUUCCUUUGGGAAAAAGAUUACAGUCUUUGGGGGGAUUUGUGGAGGUGGUGCAGGGGGUUGGGGCAGGCCAUAAGACUUGUCCCUAAUUUGACUGAAGGAAAAGGGCAAUCAGGCUGUUGGGCUUUCCUUCCCCUUAAUCCUCACACUUCAGGCAACUAUUUGAAGAGUGCCUGGGCAAUACAAAUACUACUGAGGUCAAGGAUCCAUUAUCCCUGCUAGGGCCCAGUUGGGGGAGGGGGAGAAGGUGUGCUGGUUUGCUGAGGCCUAGCUGUGGCUGUUUGGACCUAUUCCUCGCCUUUUUGGAUUCACUUAACCUGCCUGAGUUUAUAGACCAGAGUUCUGCCUUGUUCCCAUCCACAGUUUGGAAACUUCAGAUUCUUAAAGACAAACUGAGAAAUUACAUUGCACCGGAGCUUGUGAAUCAUGUGUUACAUCUGGAGGCAUUUAUUUUAGUGCAGGAUGGGGGUGGCCUCCAUAGUUUUUAAAGAUUGAAUUGCUUGCCAGAACUUACUAAUUAGAUAAUUUUAUUUAAAAACCUAGAUCUCAGAGUUUAUUUGAAAAAAUGGGAAGGCUAGAAAUACAACACUCUCCUUUAUGAGCAUAAUCACCUGGAGUUCAUGGCUGCUGCCCAUUUACCUGGACACACCCCAGAUUACUCCAGUGCCCAACUGACCCACUUCUCUUAAUUACUUGUAGGCAGCUGAGUGUUAAUGCUGGUUUGCAACCUCAGUAGCGAGAAUGAGAGACCCUUGAAGGUAGACAUUGCUUCUCCAGUGUGAAUAAAAUGGCACAGAGUAUGACCUCAGCAGGAAUUGCAAGAAUCUCUUCUUUUCUUUGCUCUCUCCCAGUCUCCUGGUUAGCUGGACAGCUGCUUUUCCAUGGUGGGGUAAGGUGGAAGGCAGGUUUCUAGGAACCAUGGGAAUGAAUAGCUUUGAGAGGUUGGCCAGGAGCGUCAGCUGGGCCUAUUCUAAAGCUUCUGGGAAGAGAAUAGAAAGGCUGGCCCCCAAACAGCCAUUAGUAGGAAACCCCCACUCUCUUAAUUUCCCCUCCCUAGCUUCAGCUCUUUCCUGAUUCUCAUUAUCAUCUUAAAAAUGUCAAAUGAGAAAGUCUGCUUCUUCCCUCCUUUUUCCCCUCUCUUGCUUUGUUUUUGAUAUAUAUAUAUGUAUAUUCCUGAGUGCAUUCUAUGUGCUGGGAACUGUGCUAAGUGCUAGAGAUAGGACAAAAAGCUAGACAGACCAGGGUGCUGUUCUCCACGAGCUUCCAUUUUGGUGGGGCAAUUAGAUAUUAAACAGGAAAAUAAGCGGAACAAAUGCAGAUAGCAUUAAAGUCUACACAACAACACACCAAUAAUACUGGGUGUAUGUACCCUGUUGGAUAGUGUCUUCCCCAUAUUUGUGUCUUUCCCAGAACCUCAGAAUACGAACUUAUUUGAAAAUAGGGCUAUUGCAGAUGCAAUUAGUUAAUAUGAAACUUACACUGGGAUUUCACCUCCUACUGGAGUAGGGUGGGCCCUUAAUCCAGUAAGACUAGUGUUCUUAUAAGAAGAGGAUAAAAGACACAGAGGUAGACAUAGAGGGGAGAAGGUGAUGUGAAGUGAGAGGCAGAGAUAGGAGUGAUACAUCUACAAGCCAAGGAAUGCCAAGAUUGCAGGCCAUCACCAGAAGUUGGAAAGAGGCGAGAAAGAAUUCUCCCCUACAGCCUUCAGAGAAAGCAUAGCCCUGUUGUCACCCUGAUUUCAGACAUCCAAUCAGAACCAUGGGAGAGGAAGUUUCUGUUGUUUUAAGCCACCUAGUUUGUGAUAAUUUGUUAUA